AUGCAGAAAGUUCGAGAGAAGAAGGAGUGGUAUGAAAGCAACGUUGAGAGACUAGUCACGCGCUGUGGCGUGCCCGCAUUAAUUAUCACUGUCUUGGAAGGCGUCACCCUGGCCCCUGCGGUCGUAGCCAUUGGCGUGCUUGCCUUUGCGCACUCCGUGACUCUGAAGGCAGAUCUUUUGAACAUGGAGCAGGCUCAAGCAAAAUGGGAACAAGAGAUUCACGAACUCGAAGAGCCUAGAGCCCACCUUGAAGCAGCAUUGGCACAGUUAAGUGAAGACUCAAAGUUGAUUGAUGGGGUCGCACAUAUCGUGGAAAGGUCUAUUAACAGGGUGACAGAUCUUCAACGACUUGAUAGAACAUUCAUGCGUUUUCUGCUUGACAUGAACAAAAUUAUCAGCAACACUGUAAAGCGGAGCAAGCGGGUCUACAGUGGCUUUAAGAGGUGGGAUAGCUUCGUUGAUCCGGGGAUUUAA